AAGUGGCCGCCAGGAGAAUAAAAGGAGGGUUGAGGCUCUCACCUCCAAAGUGAGUCCUUCUUCCCUGCCACGUCCGAGUGACCAGCUAGCAGCAGCUGCCUGAGCCAUGAAGCUGGUGAUAGUGCUCAUGCUGACCGCCCUCCCGCUUUUCUGUUAUGCCGGUUCUGGCUGCCAAGACAUAGAGUAUGUGAUUGAAAAGACCAUUGAUCCCAACGAGUCCGAGAAUCAAUUCAUCCAAGACCUUGAGGAGUACAUCCCUGGUGGGAUUACUGAGAUGGCCCUCAGGGAGUUUAAGCAGUGCUUUCUCAACCAGAACGACGAAACCCUGAACAACUUUGGCGUGCUGGUGGAAACCAUAUACAAGAGCGAGCAGUAUGCCGGCUACUAGCCCGUAGACCUUCCUCAGACCACAGAGAAUGGCCAGACAGGAAUCUCCCCUGCUGAGACCACAGCUUAGCUCCCUUCUGGGCCUUUUGAUACUGAAACCACAAGACAUUGUUGAAACCUCCUGUACAUUCAUUUCAAUAAAGAGCCUGCACACCA